CAACAGUUACCUAAUCAGCCAAUUACUUAUAGAAGACCACAAGUAACGCACCAGAUGGAUCCAAACAACCCUUUAUCGGAUCGUGAGAAGGCACUAGAGAGCCAAUAUAUUAAAGAAAAAGAAAAGCAGCUUGCCAAAGCGAGGGCUACUAAAAAGAACGAAGAUAAAGAGCAACAAUCCCAACCAAAAAAUCAGCCCACCAAGUAAAAGCAAAUUGGAAUGCCGAGAAUACCUACCUAUGCUUAGGAUGAGUCUGGAUAAGG